AUUGAUCGAAGACUAUACGACUCCUCCAUCGAAGGAAUUGACCCGAGAUUUGGAGUCUUUGAUCGAUAAUUAUGUGAAAUUUUUGGCCAAAUGUCGUCCGCUGUCUAUAAGUAUGACAAAUGCCGUGAAGUUUCUGAAACUGACGUUUUCCCGAAUUCCGGCCCAAACUAACGACUCGACCGCCAAAACACAGUUAUGUGAAGCCAUCGAUGACUUCAUUUACGAUGAAGUGAUUUGCGCUCAAAGAGGUAUCGCUGAGUUUGCCAUAACUAAAGUGCACGACAACGAUGUGAUCCUGACGUUCGGGUGCUCUUUAAUUGUCAAACAUGUCAUCUAUAAUGCCAUCAAAAAAGGCAAACAAUUUCGUGUAGUUGUUGUCGACUCGAGGCCCAGAUUUGAUGGCAAAGAAAUGCUGAAAUUUCUACUCAAACACAAUAUUCCCGUUAUUUAUAUCUACAUAAAUGCCAUUUCAUAUGUGAUGAAAGAAGUGACUAAAGUAUUAUUGGGCGCGCAUUCACUUCUGGCCAACGGCUAUGUCAUGUCACACAUCGGCAGCUCUCAGAUAGCAUUGGUUGCCCAGGCAUUCAACGUUCCCGUUCUGGUCUGCUGUGAGACAUACAAGUUCUCUGAACGCGUCCACACCGACAGCUUUGUUCACAACGAAAUCGGCGAUUCGACUGAUUUGUUGAAUUCACUCUCAAACAAGUCUCACAUCGAUGUCAACAAUAAAGACCUGAAUUUUUUGGAUCUUCUCUAUGACGUGACUCCACACGAAUUAGUUUCGGUUGUCAUCACCGAAAAGGGUGUCCUUCCGUGCACUUCAGCGCCAGCAGUGCUCAGAGUUAGGGAAACCAAAUAGUUUUUAUCCUCAUUUUGUUCAAUAAAAAACUUAUUUCAAAUUAAAUAUUAUUUUCCUAAAUAUGUGUUCAUUAGAUGUGUUAGAAUGCAAUUAACAUUAUUUUUAUUACAAAACAAAUAUACAAAACAAUGAAUUUCCAUAAAUUACCG